GUCACUUCCUUUUUUGUCUGACUGAUUCUCUCUGCCUGCCUCUCCUCAGACUGACGAUGGCUGACCAGCUGUCUGUAUCACAGGACGCGUUCACCUGCUCGGUGUGUCUGGACACCCUGACUGACCCCGUCACCAUCCCCUGUGGUCACAGUUUCUGUCUGAAGUGCCUCACGGACUGCUGGGAUCAGAGCCAAGUGUGCAGCUGUCCUCAGUGCAGACACACCUUCACCACAAGGCCAGCACUGCAAAGAACUAUCCUGCAUAAUGAAGUCAUCAAGAAAUUAAAGAAGACGGCACUCAGUCCUCCUCCUCUUCCAUCCAAGAAUUAUGCUGGCCCUGGAGACGUGGAGUGUGAUUUCUGUACUGGGAAGAAGUUCAGAGCGGUGAAGUCCUGCCUAACCUGCCCAGCCUCUUACUGUAGGACUCAUCUGCAGCCUCACAAUGAAGUAGCAGCCCUGAAGCACCACAAGCUGGUUGAUCCUGAUAGAAAUCUGAAGGAGAAACUCUGUGAGCAACAUCAGAAAAAUCUGGAGAUAUUCUGUAAAACUGACGAGAUGUGUGUCUGCAUGAUGUGUGUUGUGACUGGACAUAAAAAUCAUGAAAUGAUUGAGCUGGAGAUGGAAAGAGAAGAAAAACAGAAACAGCUGGGGGCGACACUGAGUAACAUCAGGAGGAGACUUGAGGAGAGAGAGAAGACACUGAAGGAGACGAGGAGGGCGAUGGAUGACAUGAAGAUGUCUGUAAAAAGAGACAUGGAAGAAAAUAAGAAGAGCUUCACUGCUCUGAUAAGGUGCAUUGAGGAAGCCGACAGGAAACUGACUGAGAGGAUCAGAGAACAAGAAAAGAGAGAAAUGGAGAAGGCUGAAGAAGUCAUGGAGCAACUGAAGAAGGAGAUUGAGGAGCUGAAGAAGAGAGAAGCUGAGCUGAAGGAGCUUUCAGAGACCAAGGACCAUCUCCACUUCUUACAGACUUUCUCACCUCGCUGUGUCCUUCCUGCUGAUGGAGACUCCCUGAGCUUCACUGUCACCCCUAAUUUCUCAUCUGAGGACCUGAGAAAGGAGCUGUCGGGUCUGAAAAAGAGUCUGGAAAAGAUCAGCCAGUGGGUCAUCAUGACAAGGACCCCAUCAGGAGCUCCGCACCUUAAACCUCCGGCGCUUGGCAGGCUGCAAGAACACCAGCGUCAGCCUCCUGAACCUCAGAGCAGAGACGACUUUUUAAAAUACUUCUGUCCCCUCACACUGGACAUCAACACGGCACACAGAGACCUCCAUCUGUCUGAAGGGAACAAGAAGGUGACACGUGAGGGGACAAAAGCUGAAUAUACUGAUCAUCCUGAUAGAUUUGACUGGUGGCCUCAAGUUCUGUGCAGAGAGGCUCUGACUGGGACUCGCUGUUACUGGGAGGUGGAGUGCAGUGGAGACUUCAUGGAGAUUGGAGUCGCAUAUAAAGGACUAAGCAGGAAAGGAGGGGGUGAUGAGUGUGGCCUUGGAAACAAUGACAAAUCCUGGUGCUUGCAAUGCUCUGAUUCCCAGUACUCUGUGCUUCACAAUAACCAGGAGACUGAAAUCAGCUCCCCCUACAGCCCCAGAAUAGGUGUGUAUCUGGACUGGCCUGCUGGCUGUCUGUCAUUUUAUAGCGUCUCACACACAAUGACCCUCCUGCACAGGUUCAACACCUCCUUCACUGAGCCCCUCUAUCCAGGGUUUUAUCUUGAUCCUCACUGCAGUUCCUACUCUCACUUGGACAAAGCUGGCAUCACAGUCAUGAUCAUGUUCUUGGGUAUCUCUAUGGCCUUUAUCAUCAUUCAGGCUUAUCGACUAUUGAAAAGGCUCAAGGCUAUGCAUCAUGAUGGACCCCUCAGGCUCCUGGACUACAUUAACAACAGACGAGAGUUUGUGAGGGUCAAGGCCUCUGUGUCAGAACUGGUGGUGUGUAAUACUGGAACACCUAUGGCAAAUGUUAUGCUUCUCUUCUUGUUCACCCUCAACACAACAGACUUCCAGUGCAAUCCCAGCACUUGUCACUGCAGAAAUUCAAAGAAGACUCCUCCAUCAUUGGCUGCAUUAAUAAUGGAGAUGAGUCGAAGUACACAAGGCUUGUGA